AUGACAAGUGAGCCAAGUUCCACCGCUGCUCAAAAGGUAGAGAAAACGAUGGCUCUUUGCCAUCAGUGCUUGAAAGAGAGAAAAAAAACAUUGAUCUAUUGCAACGAGUGUGAAAAAUCAACGUACUGUAGUGUUUGUAUACGAAAAUGGUAUCCAAACCUAUCUAAAAAAGACAAUGUUAUUGAAAAAUGUCCUUCUUGCAGCAAAAUUUGUAACUGCAGCAUAUGCUUGAAAAAGAAGGGUUUACUUGAGACUUCAAACAGGAACCUCACGAGUUCUGAAAGACGCCAUCAUCUCCAGUACAUGAUUGCAUUGAUGAUUCCGUUUCUGAAAAAGCUAUCUGAAGCUCAGAAGCUAGAGCUUGAAGUUGAAGCAAAAAUUCAAAGCGUACUGUAUUCUGAAGUUAAGACAGUUAAAGUUAACAACAGUGACGAACGCAUAAACUGUAAUUACUGUGGAGCUUCAAUUUUUGACUUGCACCGAGCCUGCACAAACCCAGAGUGCGACUAUGAACUUUGUUUAGACUGCUGUCAAGAGAUUCGCCAGAAUGGUUUAGAGUUGCAUGGCUGCGGUUGUGAUACUUUGUUGGAGCUUAGAAGAAUCUUACCUUCGACAUUGAUCUCAGACUUAAAACAAAAGGCAGACACUCUCAUGGUUUCAUACAAGAAAAGCCCUAAAGUGUCGAAGUGUAGGCGCUGUCCUGGUUUGUACUCUCCUGAAUCUGUUGAUGAAGGAGAGCUUCAGCAUUUUCAAGAGCAUUGGGAAAAUGGUGAACCAAUAACAGUUAGGAACACUCUCCAGAACACACCUGGUUUAAGCUGGGAACCGGAAGUUAUGUUGCGAGAUCUACUCAAAGUGAAGAAGAAUCCAUCAACAGACACUUGUAUCAAAGCAAUGGAUUGCUUAAAUGAGUGUGAGGUUGAGAUUAAAGCGCGUGAGUUCACUGAUGGUUACAAGAAAGGAAGAAUGGGUGGUGAAGAAGGCUUGCCUCAGAUGCUGAAGCUAAAAUUUGAAGAUGUUCUGCCACGUCACUUGGACGAGUUCUUAUGCGCCCUACCUUUCCAAGAAUAUAGUAAUCCAAGAACCGGGAUUCUUAACAUUGCAACAAAGCUCCCUGAAGACUCUCUCAAACCACUAGAUUUAGGUCCUAGGACUUACAAUGCCUAUGGGAUUCCAUAUGAGCUAGGCAUAGGCAAUUCUGUGACUAAACUUCACUACAGUGUGGCAGACGCGGUUAAUAUAGUGACACAUACAGCUAAAGUAACUCUGACGGAAGAACAAAUAUCUGCAGUAGCAGAUCUGAAACGGGAACAUAAGAAGCAUGAUAAGCAUGAAAAUAACAGUAACCAAGAUGAAGAAGUAGAAGCAGAUGUAGAAGCAGACGUGGCUGAGGCUCUUCUGAGCGUUGAAAUUGCUCAGAAUCAUGAAGAAAAAGGAGGUGCUCUUUGGGACAUAUUUAGGAGAGAAGAUGUUCCCAAGUUAGAAGAGUAUAUGAGAAAGCAUUGCAAAGAAUUUAGACAUACAUAUGAUUGCAAAGUUAAUCAUCCGAUACAUGACCAAACAUUUUAUUUAAGUACAGAGCAUAAAAUAAAACUCAAGGCUGAAUUUG